GUGAGUGAGUAGGACUUGGGCUGGUUGGGUUGCCGUGCUCUCAGUCAUCAUCCAUCCUUCCUCCCAUUCAUUCACAGUCACACUCUCGGAGAGAGAACACACCGAGGACGACCACACACCACCACCUUUCUCCAGUUUUCUCUUGGUUGGACCUUUUCCACAUUUGUGUAUUUUCAGUCCAAUGUGAUUUACCUCUAAUCUUACCUAGUAUCUAGUCUAGUGGUCCGAGUACCUUAGCAAUUAAGAGCAACCACCAUCUAGUCAAACCACUGUCUCAAUUCGUCCGUUUAACUACAAAAAUACAAAAAACUUUUACAUACAACCCACUCCACCACGCACAAGUCAUUCGGAGUUAGGAUGUAAGCAUCGUGGUGGGUUUGUAUUUGGGCGUGUGUAAUUUAGGGAGGCUGACACCACUGGUUUUUUUUUGCAGACGCGUUCUUGGAGAAAACACGUCUAGUAGCCACACAUACAUAAAUACACACAUACACACACACUUUACUGUUUAUUGUCCUGGAUGGGAUGCAAAUGACAAGCGAACUUCGUACUACUAGAUAUUUCAAGUGAGAGAAGAUAGGAUCCAGUUAUUUGUUGGCUUCACUAUUAAAUGAAACUCUACUACAACGACUAAAAAAAUACACCAACUUGUACAGAGAAAACAACUCAAGGCAUUACAUUCAGUAUGAACCCAACUCCUACACACGGUCUACCUCAAGACACGACAGAAACACUUGAUUUCCUGAAACACGUUGACAAACAAAAAUAAGUUCAUACAAAUUACAACAAGUCUGAGACGUGAGACUUUGAGAAACUUUUAAAACUAUUCUAUCUUGUAACGGAAGUCAAAAAAAGAAGACAAAAUACAACAUAAUAACUCUAGUCAAAUCCCAGUCAGGAAUUGUUGCCGUACUUAAAAUACUACUACUUUUUGUCGUGUUUUAUAUAUAAACUGCCUUAAAUUUUGAAUUGUAUUUCCUUUUUGGGAUAAUAAUAAUAAUAAUAAAUAAUAAAUAAUAAUAACGAAGACGAGAAGAUUUACAAUCCCAAAUAUUUAUAUAUAAAUAUAUCUCUGAGCCCAAGCCCGUGCUGCUGCAGUUCUCUCUCAAGGAGUGAGGCAAGAAUCUGUGUGCAGUUGUGACACCGUCCUGGAAAUUACUUUCACCUCCUGUGGCUGGCUGGCUCUUUCUUUCUCAUUUCAACAAAUUCACUCGUCUGACUCGUCGGAUCGGGUGAGAUUUCUUCAACACAAAAACAGACCGACGACAAUCUGAUCCUGUAUUGCAAAUAAUAAUAAUAACAAUAAUAUAACGGCGACAACAACGACGACGACGACCUCGUCGCCCUCCUCCCACCACCAAAGCCACCCUCUCCAUGUUUUUGUUAUUAAGGAGAGCAGCAGACUAUGUAGACAGGAAGAAGUAGUACACACUGCCCCAAUUCAUUUUCAUUCUCGACGGAGGAGUAACAUUGGGUGGACGCUUUGUGAUUGAGAAAGUGUUUUAAAAAUCGGGAGAAAACUGAGAGUUGAAAGUGUUUUAUUUGGUGGUGGUUUGGCUGUCUAGAGACGAAAGUGGAGUUGAUUUGAUGUUGAGUAUGAGUGGUUGUGGGCAAGUGUUUGUUGAGGACAAGGGACACUUUGAACGUCGUCUUGAAGCAGGCCACUUACACCGGCUUGUGACUCUUUGGCCUCUCAAGCACCACCACUGUUGUCGAGGACUACUUUUUGAUCGAGUAUCGAGACCCACAGUAUCGAGACCCACACUGACCUGGUCAAAGGUCAAAGGGGGUCCCCGCAGUUAAUGCCGGUGUGUUAAAGUGGCAAUGGCAACAACAGCAACACUAAACGGGCCAACAGGCGGGCUCCAUGCUACACCAACUUUAAUUCAUACGGACAAUCCUCCCCCAGAAGAAACUUGUCGAGUAGACUCCAACUCUAGUUUUGAAAGUGGGCAUGAAGAACAAAUUCAGCUCCAAAGAGGAAAAGGUGGCGGCAGUGGCGGACCUGGAGAAGGGGUUGACUGUCCAAACACUGCUCCCCCCAAUACAGACCUGGGAUUUGAUGACCCUUCAAUUCCCACAAACAACAAUUCUACCACAGCCCACAACAACGCAGCCUAUUUCAUGGACUUGUCGGAAGCGUCCUCCAAGAAGAGGAGAAAGCAGUCUCGUCCCGUCCGCAUCCCAGUUGACCCCUCUGACGAGACAGGUGGGGUUCCUGGUGGCAGCGACCCAUUGCAGCAACACGGAGGAGGAGGGGAGGAGGUUGAGGAGGAGGAGGGCCGUCAGAGGAGCGAAGGAAUUAGCAAAGGGCCCAGGUCCCACGUGCCUCUUAAUCUCUCCGGUCGCAACGAUCAGACCUCUUCUUCGUCAGAAGAUGAGGCCAAAAGUUCCUUCACCAUGUCAAACAACUCUCCACGUCUCAACUCCUUCAGUGAAAAUGACAAGACUGAACUUCUUCUUGCGGGACAAGGGACCAAAGACUCCCCACAUCGGAUGAGCACCACCGGCUCGCCCUCUCUCCCCGUGUCUUUCUCCCCGGGACUGUUCCCCCUCGGUGCACCAUCCUCCUUCAGCUCCCUCUUCUCCGCAAACCUCAACCUAUUCGCCCAACAACAACAGCAGCACCACCAACAGCAACAGAACCCUGGUCCUGCUGGCACACCCACGUCCUCCUCAUCUGCCGGUUCCAAUAGUGGGCUCAUGGUGGGGAACGUGUCUGCCUCCCUGCAAAACAUGCCCCCACACCGGAUUUUCAACCCAGAGGCCUACUGUGACCUUUGCAACAAGGAAUUUUGCAACAAGUAUUUUCUCAAGACACACAAAGCCAACAAGCACGGCGUGUACACAGAAAUGUCUCCAAGUUUAGGGAUGGGACAAGUAAUUGUGGCCAACUCGUCGUCCAACACCUCAUUCCUCACUGGGGCUGCCAUCCUUUCAUCAGCAGCAGCCAACACGAUCAGCACCAGUUCUGCAAAUUCUUCCACUGCCCUUCUCCUCGCUGGACACGGCCAACAACCAGGCGGAGGAGGAGGAGUAGUAAUGGGAGCAAACCUGCUAGGAGCUGCUGCUGGCAAUACCACCGUCUCCUCCAGUUCUGGGCCAAGUUCCAAUAGUUUAGUCAAAGGGACGACUGCUGGAGGCAUCUCAUCGGAAAUCCCCUUCUCGUUGGCUCCAUUCACUCUAGAGAAAGGGGCCGGAAAUAGCAAUGGCUCUCAGCAACGUGAAUCAUUCUGCGAACUCUGCCAAAAGGAGUUCUGCAACAAGUACUUUCUCAAACGACACAAGGCCAAAAUCCAUGGAAUUCCUGUCGACAGUCAUUCAUCCACCGGGAGUGGGCGGAGCAGUAGUUCCAGCAACCAUGGCAAGAGCAGCAGUCGACCCUUCUCCAAUGGGGGUGCUGGUGGUGACAACAAAAGUCUGUCCCUUCGGGAGUUGGGGUUGGAAAGUCUGGGUCUCGAGAUUGUAGCCAAGCAUGUGGAGGAAGCCAACCGUGUGGGGGGUGGUGGUGGAGGUUUUGGAGACUUGGGAGGACGAGAAGAAGGAGAACUUUCCGCCGAGGAGGAAACAAGAGACGACCAGAAAAGUCCGGAUAAUUUGGGAGAAAAUUCCGCGGAUGAAAAUUGCUCGUACAGAAUGUCCAUCAAUAACGCUUCCUCCUCCAACAUAGGGGACAACAGUUGCCAAUUCUGCCUCCGUGACUUUUCCUCAAAACAACACCUCAUUAACCAUCUCAUCAAAAAGCAUCGACUCCUCGUUCCAUCCACAUUCCCACCAUUUCUUUUCCCUUUCCCUGCCCUGUUUGAUGACCAGAGUGGUGGUGGUGGUGGUGGCGGCGGCGUUGGUGGUGCUGAUACUCCACUGACUCUGAAUAACAAUGGAAAUGCCGCUGUGGGUGUGGAGGGUGAUUUUGAGUGCACUUUGUGCAACCGAUCCUUCCAAACGGUGUACCUUCUUCGCAUGCACAAAUCAUACUUUCACCCUGACUCAUCCCAUCAUUACGGAGGAGGAGGAAACGACGACCAAGAAGAAUCAGAAGCCGACAAGUACGCGAGAGCAGUUUUUGCCGUGAAUCAAGAAUCCCAUCACUCUUCUAAACGACGAGGAGGAGGGAGACGCGGAGGUGAUAUAACAAACGCUGAGGAGGGAGACGAAGCAGAUGAAGUUGACCAAGACGAACAAGAAUUUCACUCUGAACAUGACGAGUCCAACUCUCCGUCUUCUCCAACAGCAGCAACAGCCGGAGCAGAUGACAAUAAUAUGAAACUGGACCACAGGGCUUCAAAGAGCAAAGAGGAUAAAAAAUCAAAAUCGUCCAUUGCAGAAAUCGAGGCGAGAGGAGAUGCCACUUCUGACUCUGACGACUUGCGACGGCUCCAAACAAUGAUAAUGGAACUGAAUCGGGUUUCUUCUGCGGUUGCAUGGAGUCCUCCUCUUGAUGGGUCUGUAGGUUCGCUAGGCACUCAUCUCUCACUCCCCCCGUCACUCGGGGGGAUGGGGCAGUCAGGCAGCAGUGGGGGUGGAACCCAUUGUGGAAUUUGCAACAAGGAAUUCUACUCCACCUACUUUCUCCAACAACACAUUCAACACUUUCACUCUGCAAACAAUGGAGGAACGGAGUCGUAUGUGAUUAAAAGCGAGUCUCCUCUCAACACCCUCAUAAAUUCUUCCGGGGAGCGGAGUGGAACUCCGACGGAUGGUGGUGGAGGAAAUAUUCGCAUAAAAACCGAAUCCUUUGACAUGAGUGGAGGUGGUGGGAACAAGAAGUCUGAAUCCACCGGUGGGAUGAUUACCAUCUCUCCAGAGACCUUAAAAGAGCGCCUCCUCAACCCAGAAGCAUUUGGAAGUGGGGAUUCUUCCGCGCUUGGAAGUCUCGGUGGGGGUGGCACUUCUACAUUUUUGACACCAAAUUGCCCCAAAGGAAGCAGCAACAACAGCAGCGUGAAUAACAACAAUAAUAACAAUGCGCUAAAUAAGGACGGGCCAAAGAGACCAAGUCCUUCCCUCAGCCGAAGUUACUGUACUAUUUGUCACAAAGAACUGUGCAAUAAAUACUUCAUGCGCACCCACAUGCUAAAAAUGCAUGGAAUCAGCAUUGAAAGCAGUACAGGGUUGGGUGGCGUCACUUGUGACAUUUGCAACAAAGAGCUGUGUUCCAAAUAUUUCCUGAAAGUACACAAGCAAAAUACGCACGGGAUUGUGGAUGAGGGGCCGUCACCUCCCAAUCCAUCCACCCCAGGACCUGGGCCCUUGGCCAGUUUGCAAACCUCAGCCGCUGCCAACUUUCCCCAACUUCUAAGCAACUCUGGCGGCGGUUCAGGUUCUUUGACAGGACUCAAUCUCUCCACUAAUUCGGCAAACACGUCUCCUUCCUUAUCUGAGGGGGGCAACCAGCCCGACAGCAAUUCUCUCCUCCCACUAUUUCCCAAGGAAGCAGGCGACCUUUCCAAUCGCUACUUUUGCCACUACUCUGAAGUUUGUCCCUUUUGCGGGAGGAGGUUCCGGAGUCCAAAGUGGCUCAAAACCCAUUUACAACAAGAUCACGGGGAAGAAGGUCGUGAGAGGUGGAAAAGCAUUGAGCGGAGUCUAAGACGAAGCCAGAAGACGUCAUCAUCCGUCAGCUCGUCAUCUUCAAACAACAAACAAGGUGGGGGUGGUGGAGGAGGAAGUUAUCCGCACACCUCGUCCUCCUCCCUCUCAACGUCAAAGAGUGGUGGGGGUUCGUCGCAUAAUAGUAGCAAAUUGGGAAGAGAUCGGCUGGACGGGAAUAAAUGCGCAUUUUGCACUUUCUCCACUGGGGACGUGGAAACCAUGAAGUCUCAUUUGAUCAAGGAGCAUCACAGUCAACUUGCCAACAGACAAGCACUAUCAGACGCAGCCAUGAUGAAUUCUGGACUUCAAGAUCCACAGUCUGGUAUGUUAUUGGACCCUUUGACCAUGCUUUUUCAAAAGAUGGAUGCGGGCAACACGAAAAUCUACAGGUGUGCCUACUGUCCUUUCACCACCUCCAUUCUCGUCUAUCUCUACGCGCAUGAAAGGACGCAUACAGGAUUGGGGGCGGGUAGUGGUCAGCAUGGAUCUGGUGGAGGUGGGAGUGGAAAUGGAAAUGAGCGACAAGCCGCAUUUCAGUGUCCCAUGUGUUUUCACACGUUUGAACAACCCGAUGCCUUCCAACAACACCUCAUUGGUCAUCAAAUGUCAGGUGUCCUCGCACCUUUCUUCACCCCAACGUCAUCUGCCAACCUGACGAACAGUGUCAAUUCUGCAGGGCGCCUGGGCUUCCUCCGCUCAUCUGGUGGGGGUGACCCGACCGACCCGAGGGCAUUGCUUUCUCUUCCAUUACUCAACGGGAGCGCGGGGGAUAAUUUAUAUUGGGCACUUAAGAAUGCGACACCAAGCACGACGGCAGCCGAUGGUCCAGCACACAUCAGGGGUGCCAACGAGGAGGAAGGAGAAGAGGGCCGAGAAGAAGAAGACGAUAGGAGUAACGAACCACCCGCAGAUCUUACAACUGAAGCAAGGAAAAAGCGAGCCCACGACGAAACGACAGAUGUUGAGCUGCUGGGAUCUGACCUUAGGCCAAGAAAACGGGAGAAAAUUCUUCGUUUCCGAUGUUCCUACUGUCAGUCUCACUUCGCAAGCAGGGAGUUGGCUUUGGCUCACGUCCAUAAAGUUCAUGGAGGUGUGGGGAGGCAGCAGCGAGAGUCCAGAAGAUUAAAGAAAACUUUCAGAUGCCGAAAAUGCAAAUUCACCUCGGUUAACUAUCAAAUGCUAGUUGUUCACAAUAAACUACAACACCCGGCUUUUAGGCCCACUUUGCGCGGGCCUCACACGACUUCCAGGGGAACGGGUCCCUGCGACGAGUUGCCAGAAGGUCACGGCGUGGCGCAGGAAGAUGGCCAAUUCCUGAUGCAAGGCUUCCUUCUCACCUCCUCGGAGGAAGAGAACUCCAACCAGUUUGUCCCUUCCGUGGUGUAUCUCCCCGUUCGCGAAAAGGUCAGUCAAUCAAUCCGUGUCUCAUUUUCCCUCACACCCACGACAUCCCCCUCCGACCCAAAUACGCAAGACUCAGCAUCGAAUAAACAACAAUAAAAACCUCUCACGGAAGAAAAUAUUUUGCGAAGAGGAUCCACACGACGACAUCAUCUUCAUCUCAUCGUCGUCGUAAUAAUAAUAAAAUUUUGCUGUGCAUAUUUUGCCAAACAAGAAUUUAUCAGUCAAUCAGUACAGCAUUAUUGUUACCAAGUUCCGUAAUGUACAAGUACAUUCACCAACCGAAAUAUGCAACCAGAAACCUUACUUCUUGAUUCAAUUUUUUGAAACAAGACUACAUGUCUUUGAGAAAAUACUUGUUUUUAAUUAUAAAAAAACUACGUAAAUAGGAUUUAAAUUAGAAAACUAAUAGCUGAAACCUAUACCUUACUUCCUUCGUAGAGGUAGCUUAUAAAUAAAUAUGUCUAUACGAAAAAAACAAGCACUACACCAAUGACAAGGAAAAAACAUAGUAUUUGUCGUGGCACACGAGGAGAAUUUUACUUUAGAAUAUAUGUAAACCUGGAACAAACUAAAUUGUUUUCAAGGGAAUCCAAAAUCCAAGGUCUUGCCACAAUUGACCUAUUACAACCCGAAUUUGCCAGGGUGAGGAGAAACCAAGUAGAAGAAUGUAUGGAUUUGUAGUGAUGCAAGUUGUAAAUAUACCCAAGAAACGUAGGAUUUAUUCAGUUUAUAAGAAUGCAUGGAGAAAAAAAAGUGACGAGCAGGAGAGAGAACCAUUGAGGUGGUCGUUGUUUCAUAAUGUAGUAGUGUAAAGGUCACAUUAUUUUAUAAGAGUAUUGUUGUUGUUGUUGUUGUGCGGGUAUGAUGUAACUUAUGUAUGUAGAUGAUAGGAAAACUGAUUGGUUAACUGAAAUUUUGUGGAGUAUAUGUAUGAAUUUUGAUGAAGAGUGGAACCAGUUGUUAAUAUAGUUGUUAUUUAAUUAAAAAUGGGAAAAUAUGAUGACGAAGAUGAUAAUGAGGAGAGGAGAUAAAAAAAGGAGUAGAAACUAUUUCUUAGACACCGGGAAUGCACUGGGAAAAUCAACUGGCGUGUUCGCUCUGUUCCAAACUACAACUUAACUUGAAUCAUGCAAGACGGAAGUUCCUGAAUUUGAGUUUGGUUGUUGCAUCGGCGGAUAUGCAAAGGAGAAAGUUUGGGCUGUGACCAGGUGCUUUAAUACAUUACAAAUGAUAUAGCAACCCGGCUUUUUUCUUCCAUAUGUAAAGUAACAGCAACAUCCGAACCAAUUUAAUGAAUUAUGCUUUUGCAUAAUGAAUUUCUGUGAUGAGAGCACGCCUUUGAGAGAUUAGCAGUGAUCUGUCUUAACUUUUAACUUUUAUAAGUGAAAUCCAACGAUGACACGACGACUUAGUUUUACUCACACGUUCCAACGGCGAAGGAACUCUAAUCAUUAAUUGUAACUAAUCUUAUAUGUAACAAUACAUGCAUACUUACAAUAUUGUAAUACACACUUUUCGUGGCGGCACUAUUUACUAUUUACGAUACUGCUGCCACUGUUCUUGCUACUACAGCACACGUAAUUUACCAUAAUAGUCGUGGAUGAAGUUACGUAAGAGGUACAUACAUACAUACUGCACUGGAAAUACAUAAGAUAAUGCACACUACUUCUUCUACUGAGGUGAAAGUGGCAAACACAGAAUGAGGAAUAUUGCAGGCGUAUUAUGACGAGGACAACUACAACUAAAAAUAUACUACAAUUACCAGUUGGGCAAAAAGAGAAAGCAGGGAGAAAUAGUUGCUAUUACUUUUACAUUGUAUUGAUAAGGAAAUAAUAUGUAAAUGAAGAUAUCUACUUCAACAAAGAUAUAAGAUGAUAACAAAAAGUCGUCAAAUGUAUUAACUUUUUUGAGAUACACGUCACCGAGAAAAAGGUGAAUAAUUGAGAGAGGGAGACAAUUACUACAACAAUUCUAUGUAUUUACUUAGACAGUGGGAUACAAGUAGUAGAUAUGUGUAUGUGAAUAUGUGGUAAAAAAGUAACCAAAACACCAGGGAAAUUCAUAACGUUAUUCAGGGUGGUUCCAGUACAUGCUUAAAAUUAUAAAUUAUGCCAUAACUAUUCUCCAUAACAUACUUUAAUUAGUACAUGAGGAGCACUAUUUGUGAAGGCGGAGACAAGAGAGAAACACACCAAAAAGUGCUAUAUAAAUGUUGAGUAGCCGUAUAAACAAAAUAGAAGGGUAAGAAGCAUACUAUAGUUAUUUAGGGUUGACCUUUUAUGCAUCCUCUGCAAGUCAGUAUUAUAAAUUACGGUAAAUUGUAUCACAGACUGGAAUUGUUCUACUAACAACAAGAAACAAGUAAAAGUUUCCGAGAAGAAAAUCAGUCAAAAAAGAAACAUUCUGGUCACUGCUUAAAAUUUCAAUUUGGUCCAUGUUGUAUUUAUUGUAAAGCCACCACCACAACCACCACCACCAGUAAGCUAUAUGCAGAUUAUGUAGCUCUUGUUAUUUUCCGUACCCCCUGAAAAAAGAUCGGAGAAACUAGAGACUCUCAAAGCUACCGUAUUUUGUGGCAGCGGAGAAAGCACGGGUUGUGACCAGGUGCUUUAAUACAUUACAAAUUACAAAUGAUACGGCAACCCGGCUUCCGUCCACCACACGCAAAAAACCUACUUUUGUCAGUCUCUGAAUCCACUCUGAGAAAAAUCCCUUGGCCCGAAAUCUACAAUUCUAGUUUUGUGUUGUCAAUAUGUGCACUUGAGUUAACUUGAAUCAUGCAAGACGAAAGUUCCUAAAGGGUGGAUGCGUUAACAAUUACCGCAAAAGUUUUCCGUCAACUUAAAUUAUUCGAGUAGUCUGUACCACACUACACGCUACUUAUUCACUUGGUUAAGAUUUAACAUGAUUAGUUACAUAUGCGCAGCAGCUAAAGAUGAGCAAAAAACGUAGUUGUGAGCAGGAAACAAAUCAGUAGCUUAGUAAAUGUCAUAGUAUUUAGGUUUUAGAAAGUAAGGAUGAAUAAGUCAAGUACCACAUUAAGCCAGUCACUAGCAAAAGAUGAUGAGGUGUCAUUAAAUUCUGUGAGUGCUUAACUUGUCUUGUAAAAUGCACACUACUACACUAUGGUUCGCAGUUGGGGCCUUUAAACACAAACACAAAGAAUUAUUGAGUCGUUAAUGUUAAUAAAUGUUGUCGAAAUUUACCUUAUAAAAUAACUCGUCGAACACACGUGUCGUUAGUUUUCUUUUCCCCUUCAUUAAAAGUAAGUAAAAAAAAACAGCAGCAGAAGGCUUUUAUUACCGAGGAUUGGAUUGUUUUGCUCCGUGAAGAGAAUAAAAGGCAAUGAAGGAGGAGGAGGAGGAUGAGGAGAAAAAUGACAUUUCCCCCAGAAACAUAUAUAAUAAAUACAGAGUGCAAAGAUGUUUGGUUUUUAUCCUGUAGGAGCCAGUUCACUUUCACCUUUUCCAAUUAAACUGCCAAUCACUGGCCAGACCCUUUUAAUUGAAAGCCAAUAAUACGUUGCUGGCUGCGCUGGCUGCUUGGGCUCGGUGUGGCCGACCUACUCCUUCAUCUUGUCUGGUUGCAACUAAUUAUUUUAUUUUUAAUCCCAUUUUUUCCUCUUUUUUCGUCUUAAAGGUAGAAAGUGAAUGCAAUGUCCCUUCCUCCUCUUGAUUGAUUGUCUUUCCGUCCAUCGCAUCGCAUCGCUGCCUGUUCCGGCUUAAUUUCUCCCUUGGAUUUUUUUAAGAUUGAUCUUUGUCUCCGUUUCACUUUCUCUCUUCCUUCCAUUAAAUUGAAGGAGUCAUUCAUUAUUUCCUUCCUUCCAUUAAAUCUCAACCUACAAAAUCUGAUUUGGAAAGUCUCGCCCUGCCCCAAACCAAAAAUGCCCACUGUUCUACAGUCUCGUUCUGAAUGAAAUAUUUGUUUUUCUGUGCAAAAUGUCCCCCAGUUUUUCUCUCCGUUUUAUACUUUGAAACUGAAUUUAGAUAAACUUGAUGAAUUUUGCCUUGUGAAGAAGAAAAAAUACACUUUUUGCAAGAAUCCUCAUUCUCUCACUCACUCUCUCGUUAUCUUUCCCUCUCUCUAGUCUCUCUUUCUCUCUCUCUUCACUUUGACCUUUUCUGGGCCUAGCUUUGUACAAUACAUAUGAAAGCUAGUUGGUGGUUGCCUCAUGGAAAGCAAAGAACUGAUAAUCUAUGCAAGCAAUUAUUAUUAGUACAUAAAAAUCUCUAGGUUAGGUUAGAAAAUCGCGUAGUGGAUGGAACUGACUUUUCACAUUUUGCCAAGUAUUACUGAAAACGACUUCACGAAUCUACCUCAGACUAGGAAACGUAUUUAAGGGAACUUUAAUCACAGUAUUGCCUAGAAUCUUAUUGUCCCCAUUCCACUUUUUGGAGAAAAAAUGCAUUCUUUCUCCUUUUCGAGAGGAGGAAUGAAGCUGUUAAUGUACCAUCGCACUAAAUAUACACAUUCGAUAUAUUAAAAAAAAAAACAAUCCAAGCGGAGCAAAACAAUCCUCGUGAAAAUAUUUCUGUUAAUUUUUUAUUCAAUUUUUGAGGGUAAAUAUUGCGUACCACGACGGUCGUCUAAUCGGUCAUUUUAUGUAUAACAACUUUCCUUUUUCUCACAACAUGAGCACCCUGAUUCACAACGAUUGGUUAGUCUGGGAAUGAUUAUGACCAUGUAGUUCACAUCCAGGAGAGGAGGUGGAUAAUUACAGACGUGAAAGUUCCAACCAGGAAAAUUCCAAUAAUUACACAAAAUGAACAUGAUGUUGCAAUCACUCGUUAUGAUGAAAGUUGCGGAGCAGCGAGGAAAUAAGUUUGCAUUAGAAUUAGUUGUACAACGAGUAUUAUUGAUUAAAAUCCGGAAGGAAAAGAAGGAAACAUUGGUAGAAGGGAAGAAUUCGGAGUUGAAUCCCGUCAUUAGAUCAUAAUUUGACUCACCCACCCACCCACCGUCAGUAAAUCAAUCAAUUAACUCAACCAACUCAAUUCAUCAUCAUUUCUGAAAAUUUACUCAUUUUAUUUCCAAUACCUUUCCACAAAUAAAUGAUUACAGUCAAUUUCGUAAACCCUGCAGGAAGAGGGAAAGGCCCGAGUCACGAAAGUAUUAAGUGGAAAAUGUUGAGUUUUGUGAAACAUAAAUGGCUUCAUUUAAUAUGAAGCAUGGUUAAUGCCGGGUUUCAUAAUAGCCAAUGUUGCAAUCCCCUUCUUCUUGUCCUGUGGGAACAAAAUUAGUUGUUGGCUUAUUCGAUUCAAAGCAUUUUAAUAAUACGGAUAAUAACUACCCGUAUUAGCAGAAGUACAUGCGUCCCUGUCGUGUUUUGUGAAAUUCACUUCCAAGAAUGUCACUCUUUCCGCUAAUAGAAAUUUUUGAAACUGCUACCCCGACCAUCCAUAUUUCUACCGCUGCUGCUGCUAUUUACUGUCUGUCUGUGGGUGGGUGACUGAUUGAGCUGUUCUCCAUCACUUAUUGCAAUUUCCAUUAUUUUGCAACUCGAAUUGUUGUCGUAUCAAAGGGGUGCUUGUUGUGAGAUAAUAAGAAAACGUUGUCCUUGUUGUGUGAAGCCAUGAGAGAGCGAGAGUGUAUUUCAUCGCGUAGCAUUUUAGACUGAUUGUACGAACGUUGGUUGGUCGUAAUUGUUUCCCAAAACUGCUGUUGUUGUUGAGUUGUUGUGCAAUUUAAUUGAAUCUUCUUGGUUGAGUUGUUGAGUGUACCAAACUAAAUGCAAUCUAGGAAAGUAACAUGACAGAGUCUGCCUGUUAGUCGUAGUUCUAGUCUAGAAUAUCAAAUCAAAUGAAAUGCCUUAAACGAUUACCUUAUCAGGAGUCAGGUACAAAUAGGGGUAAGCGUAUAGGGUAAGCACUUUGUAAGUAAGGCUGGAUCACGUUGAAAUAAAUAAUGUUGGAUUGAAUGUACUCACUCACUCUCUCCGAUUAUUUAUUGUUAUUAUGCUCUUGCUUACCUCAUUUUCUCUCAUUUCACUCUCGACUUGACGAAACAUUCCCUCGGACUAUAUGCAUACAUACAUUAUUAGUAUUACAGCGGUUUCCCUUCCACAUGAAAAUCGAAUCAAUGGGAUGAGAAUUAAAUCGCAGGGUAUCACGCGUGACAACGCUCCCGUACAAACCAAACUACUACUUACAUACGUACGUAUGACUCCAGUCGAUGGAAGAAAGAGUACGAAAUGACCAGCAAUUCAGAAGAUUGAUUUCAUAGUAAAACUAGAAACAACGACAAAAUUGCUAAAUGCAAGUUUGAUUGGAGUAUGGGACCCGUGGGAGCGAAAAGCUCGUUGUUCUGUAUUACCUCGUCGAGUAAGGGUUUUUAUUUAAAUUCGGAUGUUGCAAUUUCCAUUUUGACAUCGGUCUCCUACUUUCAUGACAUUCGACCAAAUCGGUUUCGUAGCCAUUCAUCGAUUCCGAACAUACGUAAUUAUGUUGUGAUUUCUGCUGCGAUGCAAUUCUCAUUUCAUUUCGAUUUGGUAACUUUCAUCAUCAUGUGUAUGCCAAAAAUUGGUUAUGUCGCAAUUGGAGAACAUAAUGCAGUGAUUUUGCGUUUUGGUAAAAACUAUUGUACGUAUAAUUUCCAUUUUAUUGUAUAUUUAUGAUGGAUUUACAUUUAACUGAUUACAUAAUAUUGUCAAAUCAUCACGUUCUUUUUAACAUGUUAAUCUAUUAAGUUCUAUGUUUAAGUUGAGUAGUAGUUUAAUUUAGACGUAUAAAUUUAAUUGAACGGUAUUUAACAUUAAAUUGUCUAAUUUUAAUAAUUAUUGUUAUCUGUUGUUGUUAAUCACUGCAAGAGAGAGAGGAAAUUUAUGUAUGUGUUUAUAAAUUAUACUAAUUCUACUUAAUUAUUCCUACCAUAAUAUUCUGUAUCACCACCACACACACACUAGUCCAACAAACAACCAACAGUCUUGUCUAAGUAUUGAGUCGUAUAAAUAUUCGUAUUUAUUAUUAUGAUUAUUGUAUUACGUUAUUAUUGUAUGGAGUACACUACCCAGCUAAACAUUCUUGUUUGUAUGAUAGUUAAUUUGCAAAACUAAUUUGUAAUGUAUAAGGGAAGACAAAAACUUAACAGUUUCGGAGUUGUUACAAGUACUGCUGUUAAAUUAUUGUUGAUACGUCAAUACACAAUACAGGAUAAAUUUGGAUAUUUUAUCAGAACUGGA